UAAACUCACACUGCUUAAAGAACUGACAUAAAUCGUUCCCUUAACUCGGGCUCGUCGAGCAUUCGCCCAAUUUGCUUCGGCCUCAACACGUUGGCUUCUCGGCCCUUGCUGGGCAUGUCUAGAAAAUAGAGCUCUAGCCUACGUAGCUAGGUUGUUAGGCUUGAAAGGGACGCGAGCGGGAGAACAGGUCCGAAGCGAGCUAAUGGAGGCUGUGGAGCACUUCUCGGCCGCCUUCUCGGCGCAGCACCAGGGUUGGGCAUCGAGCAAGUAUGCGUGGGAUCCAUCAAGCCUGGUUGCGGUGCCUGGGCCCGAUGCUGCGAGGUCCAGCCCAAGCGUCGAAGGCGACCACGGCACGGAUGCUGAUCGAGACCAAUCGCUAGGUCCUACUCCCAUAAACUGGAAGCCAGCUGGCGCGCGGAACACCGGCGCGGAGAGCAAGUCUCAUGCUGCUCGCCUGCCUAAAACACUCGUCUGCCAGGUUGAGGGUUGUGGCCAUGACUUGACCGGCGAGAAGGGCUACUAUCAACGGUACCGGAUCUGCGAGCCGCACGUCAAGCUCCUGACGGUGGAGGUCGAGGGCCGAGCGUGCCGGUUCUGCCAGCAGUGCGGGCGCUUCCAUGAGCUGUCCGAAUUUGACGGCACUAAACGGAGCUGCCGCGCCCGGCUACUCCUUCACAACGCCCGGCGGCGGAAGCGCGACCCGGUUGACGCCAGCACAAAGGAGCCACGCUCGCAGCGGAAGGCGAAGGCCACGCACCCGCGCUCCGACGACAGCAACGAUAACGAGCUGGACAGCCGUGGCAGCUUUGGCGCCAGCCACGGCACCUGGCCCGCGUCAGGUGCGCCUACGUCGGUGCCGGUGACGGAGGCGGAUCCCGCAGCGACGCCGGCCGUCAGCAGCGGCGCGGUGCCGCAGCUGAUGACUCGUGCCGGCCUCAACGACCAAAGCCUGCCGUUGCCGGGCUUCCAGCAGCCAGUGUCGCAGGCCCUACAGUCGGCAGGCUAUGCGCCCGCUUUCGCCAACACCUUGGCCGUUAAGCACGAGCAACCGGAGCUGUUGGUUUCGACUUCAGGUGGCGCUGCAGUUUUGGGCGUCAUGAUGCAGCGCGAGUCUCUGCCGUUGGACCUGGCCCACGCUUUCUCUGACGAGGCCGACCUGCCGCUGGUGGACACGCUGAAGCUGGACGACUUCAUGCUUGAUGGCCUUAUGGCCAUGGACUACAUCGACGAGCUGCCGGGACCCAGGCAGCUUAUGCCCGGUGGCGCCGGCGCUGCCGGCCUGGCGGUUGCCGGGCCCGCUGGCGCCGCGGCGGCUCUGGGCGCGGGCCUGUCCGGCAACGGCCACAUGGGCGGCCUUAUGCCGAUGGAAGAGCAGCAGGAGCGGGCGGUGCUGCUACAGCAGCAGCAACAGCAGCAGCUGCGGCUCGCCGUGGCUGGCCCCGUGGCAGGCUACAGCCCCAUGCUGACCGGCGACGAGAGCAUGAUGGGAGUGGGCAUUAUGCCGCCCACAGCGGCUAUGGGUUCGGCUGCCCUGCACGCACCUUACAUGCCCGUGUCUGGCGACGUGAGCAUGUCGCGGGCCGUGCCGCGGACUGUGCUCAACGAGCAGUCACAGAUGCAGCAGAUUGCCGACGCUCAGCGCCGGCUGCUGCAGAGCGCGGGCGUGCUGCCGGGCCCCACGCACCAGGGCACCUUCUUGGCGGAGCCGCAGCAGGUCAACGACGGUCUCAACAGCGGCAUGAGCGUGUGCAGCUUGGGCGGCGGCGGCUUCACUUCGCCGUGCUCCAGUGGCAUGGGCAAACCGCUGGGCAGCGGCUUCAGCGUGCCGCCGCACCCCAGCGCCGGCAGCCACCACAUGAUGCUUAGCAGUGGCGUCACGCUUAACGUGCCGUCCGCCGUGCCGUCGCCCAUCAACGUCGGCCCUUCAAUGGCCCAGGCACAGGCACAAAUGCAGGCACAGGCGCCGUUCGGUGCCGUGGGCGGCGGCAUGUCCAGCUUCGACAUGGCGCGGCGGCUGGUGGCGGGCGGCGGUGCGGGCGCGCAGUACCGCAGCGAUGACUUCCUGGUCCGUGUGUCCAUCAAGGUCGCCAACUGCACGCCGGAAGAGCUUCCGCCGGACCUGUACCAGCGGCUGCAGUCGCUGCUGGCCACCGCCGACGCCAGCCUGAUCCAGGGCUUCCUGCGUCCCGGCUGUGUGCACCUGGUGCUGGACAUAAGCGGCGGCGAAGGCUUGCAGCAGGCGCUGUUGGCGGCGCGCGUGCGCAGCGCGCUGGGACCGGUGGCGCAGAAGUACGCGACGUUGGUGCAGGUGGGCGAGGAGGUGGCGAUGUGGGCGGAGGAUGCGCCGGCAGCGGCGCAGCCGGCCAGCGCCGCGCGCGUGCCGGAGCUGGAGGCGACAGGCGCGGUGCCGGUGCUGCUGCACGUCAGCCCGGCGGCGUACCUGUGUCACUCGACGGCCGAUGGCAGUAGCAGCGCUUCGGUGGUGGUGUACGGCUCCGGCCUGGUGAAGGCGGGCGUACAGUUGUUCGCCCGCAUGCAGGGCGGCUACUUGCCUGUGCGCGUGCAGCCGCUGGUGGCAGAGGGACAGCUGAUGGUGCAAGGCGCCGAGGCAGUAGCGGCGCUGCAGGACCUAGCACAGCUGGCACAAGGCGGCCGCAGCGCGACCGAUGCGCUGCUGGUCUCGGUCGAGGGUGCUCCGGCCAGCGGCCUGCUACUGCUGGAGGCACAGGCGGGCCCGCUGCUCAGCGCGUGGCGGCCGUGCCUUUUGUCGGUCGACUCGGCAAUGGCCACCGAGCUUACUGCGGCCGGCGUGCAGGCUCGUGCGGCCGGCAAUGACCGGCUGCAGUCUCUGGAGUCCUUCGUCACGGACCUGGGCCGGCUGGUGGACGCCUGCAGCUUCGCCAAGGCGGGCACGGGCGACGCCGAGGAGGAGGCCGUGUCGAUGGAGCGUCUGUGCGCCUGCGAGCACAUGCUGGCGUGGGCUUCCGAGGCGGGGCUGCCCGCUGUCAGCAGCUUCCUGGUGCACACGCUGCUGCAGUACGGGCAGGAGCUGGGCACAGUGCUGGAGGCGCCCUACGCGGAUGGCCUGAGCGUGCUGCAUCGCGCCGUGCGCUCCCGCAGCGAGGCCAUGAUCCGCGCGGUGCUGGGCUGGGCGGCGCGCGAGGGCGUGGAGCUGUCGUGGCGUGGCGAGGAUGCCGUGGGGCAGCUGAGCCCGCUGCACCUGGUGGCACUGGUGCCGGUGGCCUGGCGCGUACUGGCAACGGAGCCGGCUGUGCAGCGAGCUUGGGCGCGUGAGCGUGCUGCUGACGGCGCGACACCAGCACUCGUUCAGCAGAUUCUGUUCAGCUGCCUGCAAGCGGCAACCAAUGCGCGGCGUGCCUCAGCACCGGUAGCUGAGGUUGUUGUGGCGGCAGGCGCCCAAGCCGCUGCUGCGCAGGUGUGUGCAGCUCCUCGCACGCUCGAGACCAUCGAGACCGCCGUCGCUCCCAGCGCAGCCGGCGCUGUCUCGCCCGCCACCGCACCCACACCCACGCGACCGGCCAGCAUCCUGCGUGCUGUGCUGCCGCUCAUGGCCGUACUUGCGGCACUGACGUACGCCAGCCUGAUGCACACUUUGCAAGCGUCCUACCUGCCAGUGGUUGUGGUGACGUGCGUGCUGAUGUACGCGCUGUGGAGGCUGUUGACCACGGUCGCCGCACGACCUCAGCAUGCUGUGCUGAUGUCUAUGCUGGCGUCGCCGCUGCCGCCAGUCUUCUCCAGUGCGCGCCUCGAGGCGGCAUACCAGAUGCGUGCAUCGAUGGCUGCAACCCAGCUGUCGCGCGACGCCGCAGCACUGCUAGUGUUGCUGGCAAUGUGCGCAGCCGCCGCCCGGUUACCCGAUGCCUCCGCCUUCGCAACCGCCGUAAACACGUGCCUCACGCUGCUGCCGCUGGCGGCUAUGAAGCUGAGCCGACAGGGCUACAUCCGCGUGCGCGACAUUGCGCUGACGGGCGCGUACGUGGCGAUGCUGAACGCGAUUUGCAGCACUUCACAGAGCCUGCUGGCGGACUCGCCGCGGUGCCGCUGCGCCAUGCUCUUCUUGGCUGUCACGACGGCAGCAGGCGCUGUGGCGCCUCUCAACACUUCCGGGAUGCUGUUCACUCUGGCGUACACUGUGUCAAUGGCGAUGCGCGCUUGGACACAGACGCAGGGCCUGUUUGGCGGUGCAUCGUCUGUGACUGCGGCCCAGGCGUGUAGUGCUGCGCAGCUGGCGGUUGUUGCCGCCGCGACCGCCGUUAGCUUUGCACGUGAGUUGGCGGCGCGGCAGCAGUGGCUGGCGGUUGCGGGCGAGGCCGCUUCGGGCAAAUAGAGAAUUAAGCUACGGAUGUGAGUAUGGUAAAGGAACGCAACUGAAUUUAGCACCAGCACAGCGCAAUAAUUUGGCUGGUUGACUAACGUGCCUGCAUAUCCACAUUUAACCUGUUCUGGGUCAACACCGCGCAACGUUAAACGCUGCAAAGCAAAUAGCACAGCAGGAAUGCCCUGUACGGUACGGGGCGCGAGAUCUAGCUUCAGAGCAUGGAGCACUGGUGCCUACAGUAAUGCGGUUUAGCAGUGUCUCAUCGGACCAGCAAUGGCAGCGUACUGGGCCUUUUCGUGGAGCACGUGCUCGAGGCAUAAUUAAUCACAUUUGAAACCCGCAACGGGACACUGCGUGCCCAUUGAAUAAUGGUUUUUUCAUUAUGCGCGGGCCAUAGACUACUCUGUUGAGUGAUAGAUUAUCUGCGGUAACGACGCUGGCUUUGCAUGUCAUGUUACCGUCCUAGGACGGAAGCUAGCUUGCCUCGCCGGAUGUCGGCGUGGUGCUGUGAGAGAGGACCAUGGUGCAGGAAUUUCAUCGUGAGCCACUGCUGCAUGGAUUUGGGUCUGCGGCCAUCAUAGUUGAAAAUGGCGCAGGCGGUUUGGUAGUGGCGUAUGCAGGCUGGGCACCCGUGUGGGUUGUCCGUCACGUAUGGAUUGGAUUGCACAGGUGCAGUAGCCAAUAAAGAAUUGCAAGUGCCGUAAGUCACGCCUUCACUGGCGAGAACAGCUGUAGUCGUAUAUUGGAUCAUACGUGCUAGGGCACUCAACGCAUUCCCGUGUGCUGGCCAGUCCAUGCGUGUGCGGUACUCUGGAUGGAGAUACGGUAACCUUUGGGAUUCAGACCUGGAUGUAUGACGUGCUUGUCUGCUAUUUGCUUGUCUAUGACUCGUCUGUCAUUGUGCGCAAGAUGGCGCAAGCACUGAAGGGCGAAAACCAGGCUGGCUCAAGGCUGAGGUUGGAAGGAGGGCGGAACCAAGCUUGUGAUCUGUUCACUGUGAAACUAGCAAAAUCCAACUGUCGCAAGGGACAAGCCAACUCAGCCUGGGCUGAGCCCGAUAGUCACCAGAAUUGUGUCUCGUCGGUUGUACGCUGCUGAGUCCAUUUCUAUUCCUGCACUUGUUGGAGGGUGGCUGAUGUUUAGGGGCAAGAUGCUCCCGCGCCCAUACCGGUAUUGCGCGUACACUGCUAUGCACCUAUGGCUGUGAUGCGUUUGUCAUGUUCACCGGGCGAACAGCAUUGAUAUGGUUCGGAGAGAUUGCCCGCCGUCCAGGUGGACGGAGCUGAGCAACGAUUGUUGCCGUAUGCUAUCCAAUUUAUGCACACCAAAGCGAGACUGCUUUAAUGCUGACCUCGAUUAAUAGUCAACGUGA